AUGGACGCUAUCGAGAAAGAGGUGGAGAAGGUCAUCACCAAACUUCCAGUCCUGUACCCAGUUGCCCCCACCUCAACACGGCGCACUGCACGCCCUCGAGUCUCCUCAACCAGCGCAUCAUCGUCCACUACGACCACAGUCGCAGAAAUACUCGAUGAGCUUCUCACGUCAUUGGAAACCAUUCAGUCUGCGUUGAAAUCGGGUUCAACAACUGCGCCCUCGGCGCCAGUAGUCUUGGCGGAGACCAAGUCUGCCAUAGCUCGCUCUCAGAAGGCCUUCAACGAUCGGACAAAGGAAGUGUACAAUGCCUUGGCCAGGUCAGGGAAAGCAUACGACAAGAAGUUCACUACUUCUGUCGAAGGCAUUGCGAACCCAAAGCUAUCCAUGGGGGAUGAAGCUCAGCAAGCGUUGGAAGCUGUGGUCAUGGAUCAUCUGCUCAGAAUGGGAGAGUGGGAUGCAGCACAGCAGCUCUCGCAGAAGUCUGGACUUCCUCUGCCCCCCUCUGAGGUGUACUCGCAGCUGGAGAGCAUCUCCCAAGCUCUCACCUCUGGUCACCUUCAGCCAGCCAUUGAGUGGGCUCAGGUCAAUCGACCGUUCCUAGAGAGCCGGUCGUCUCAGCUAGAGUUCGCCCUUCAACGGUCGCAGUUCCUUCGCAUUGCCAUAGGUGCUCCUGCUCUAUCAGGAGCCUCAGUGACGACGAGUCUCAUGGCGACCGAUUCAGAUGGAGAGAAUGUGACCAUGACGCGACCUUCGUCCAGUGCAUCGUUCUACUCGCCGAUCGAAGAGGCCAUGCACUACGGCCGCAAGCAUUUCGGGCAUCAUCGGGCUUCCCAACUGAGUGAACUUCAAGCUUUAUACACCUUCAUUCUCUUCCUUCCUCCGACCGGUCUCACCGAUCCCGACGCCGGGUCGUCAUCUCACUAUCUCGCUCGCCUACACCAACAAGUCCCCCUGGUCUAUCAUCGCUUCCUGGAUGCGAACAGGAUGCACUCGGCACUUCUGGAGCCCGUGUUCCAGGCAGAGUUCUGUGCCCGCAAUCAGCUGGCCCGCGAUCCUCCUCUGAAGAUUGCGGUAGAAGUAGGAACGGGCGGCGCCCUGCAGAAGAUCAUGAAAGUCAGACAGGUCAUGAAGAUACGAGGCAAUGAGUGGAGUCAGGCAGAGGAGCUUCCGAUCGACAUUCCUCUGCCAUCUCACCUCCGCUUCCACUCCACCUUCACCUGUCCUGUGAGCAAGGAGCAAGCCACCGAAGACAACCACCGAUGA